AUUUCUCUCCAUCUUUCCUUCGCCUUUCCUCAGCUUUUCAAUUUCAAGUCUCCUCCAUUCCUUUGAAUCCAACGCACGCAAUCCCUCGGCGCGAUUCAGCUAUCGAAUCCGAGCUUCAAUGGCGUCUGCGGAUCUGGAGAAGAAGGCCAAGGAAGCGUUCAUCGAUGAUCACUUUGAACUGGCAGCUGACCUCUACUCUCAGGCGAUUUCUUUGAGCCCUAACAGCGCUGACCUCUUCGUCGACCGCGCUCAGGCCAAUAUCAAGCUCCAAAACUUCACCGAGGCUGUUGCUGAUGCAAACAAAGCAAUCGAGUUGGAUCCUUCAAUUGCGAAAGCAUAUCUGCGUAAAGGUGUUGCAUGCAUCAAGCUUGAGGAGUACCAGACUGCCAAGACAGCACUGGAAAAUGGUGCAACUUUGGCACCUGCAGAUUCCAGGUUUACUAAAUUGAUCGAAGAAUGUAAUCAGCGUAUCGCAGAGGAAGCUCAAGAAUUGCCUACACAACUGGCUGAAAAACCUUCAACAGGUGUGGUUACUCCAAAUAAUUUGCCACCAGCAGUUGAGUUACCCAGCCAAGAAAAAGCAGCAUCGAAUACUAGGCUGAAAUACAGGCAUGAAUUCUAUCAGAAACCAGAGGAAGUUGUCGUAACAAUAUUUGCAAAGCGUAUACCAGCAAACUGUGUUGUGGUUGAUUUUGGAGAACAAAUUCUUAGUGUUACCAUUGAGGUGCCUGGUGAAGAGGCAUAUCAUUUUCAACCUCGGUUAUUUGGAAAGAUUGUUCCCUCAAAGAGUAGAUAUGAAGUCAUGUCUACCAAAAUCGAGAUCAGACUUGCCAAGGCAGACGCUGUGCACUGGACAUGCCUUGAAUUUAAGAGGGACGUUGCUGUAGUCCAGAAAGUGAAUGUGCCAACUGGCAAUGAGAAACCCACAUAUCCCUCCUCAAAACCAAAAAGAGUAGAUUGGGAUAAACUCGAAGCUCAAGUGAAAAAGGAGGAAAAGGACGAAAAGCUCGAUGGUGAUGCAGCACUGAACAAGUUUUUCAGAGACAUAUACAAGGAUGCAGAUGAAGACACAAGAAGGGCCAUGCAGAAAUCAUUCGUAGAGUCGAAUGGGACGGUGCUAUCAACCAACUGGAAAGAGGUUGGCUCGAAAAAGGUCGAAGGAAGCGCGCCCGACGGCAUGGAGCUGAAGAAAUGGGAACAUUGAAUUGGCUUUGUUUACUCCCACAAUAUUUUUGAUUAUUUGCCUGAGUUGCAUUUGAUGUGAAGUUGUCCAUAUUUUCUGUUUAGCCUUGUCCAAAACUAGACUCUUUAGUUUUAGCUUGUGUUCAACCUAACACUUCCAUUAUUUCUAGCUUUUCUUUCUUUAUUUGGACUAUUUGAUGAUUAUGUUUUGUAAGAGGAUUAAUAAUGGUUUCUAAUUUAUUUCCUUAUCGUGGUUACUUAGAA